ACGGCAGUCAUUCAGAGCCCGACUAGCGCGUCGUGCACAUUUCGCGCCUCCGUCUCCGAGCUCCCGCGUUCGCUGGUAAAAGGAGCAGCGCGCGAAGACGUGUAUAACAAUACAAUAUUCGUGACAGUGCGCGGGUUCGAGUUCGAUCGAGGAUCAGACAGAGAAAGAGAGAGGGGGAGAGAGAGAGAGAGAAAAGGAGCGGAACGACAGUGCCUGACAUUCUGUUUCGGAAGUGAAAUUCACGCCAUGGCCGUCGUUUGAGGUCGAUUCCUGAGUGCAAGACUAGUUUUCCCCCAUUCUACCUCAUUCUACCUUGACAUCGGUGCCCGUCGACGAUCCUGCGUCGAGGACCCGCGGCAAGGUUUAGGAAACAGAAAGAAUGUCGAAAUCAGGGAGCAUCAAAGAUGACGAGAAGGGGCCCUAUGAUCCGGUCCCUACCGCUGAAAAGGGCAACGACGAGAUUAAGCUGGAAGCGAAAAUGUCGCUCCUCAACGGUGUCACCGUCAUCGUCGGCUCCAUCAUCGGUUCCGGCAUUUUCGUCAGUCCAACGGGAGUCCUUAAAUAUACCGGAAGCGUGAAUGCGAGUCUUCUCGUUUGGACGGCGUCCGGAAUUUAUUCUAUGAUAGGGGCUUACUGCUACGCCGAGCUCGGCUGCAUGAUUAAGAAAUCGGGUGCGGAUUAUGCAUACAUUAUGGAGACUUUUGGACCCUUUUUGGCAUUUAUCAGACUAUGGGUCGAGUGCAUGAUAGUGCGUCCUUGCAGUCAAGCUAUCGUGGCCUUGACUUUCAGCGUCUACGUCCUCAAGCCGAUUUUUCCGGACUGCACGCCACCCGAUGAGUCCGUAAGAAUGCUCGCUGUCUGCUGCAUAUGUAUUCUCGCUUUCGUAAAUUGCUGGGACGUCAAAUGGGCGACGAGAGUGCAGGACAUCUUCACGUAUGCGAAAUUAGUCGCGCUUUUCGUAAUAAUCUUCACCGGAGCGUAUCAGCUUUGCACCGGACACACACAGUAUUUUACGUUUGACAACAGUAACACGGAAGUCACGUCUAUAGCACUCAGUUUUUAUUCAGGCCUGUUCGCUUACAACGGUUGGAACUACUUGAACUUCAUAAUUGAAGAACUGAAAGACCCCGUUAGGAAUCUACCGAAGGCCAUCGGCAUUUCGUGCGCUCUCGUUACAAUCGUCUACGUCUUUACGAACAUGGCCUUUUACACUACCCUUAGUCCCGUCGAAGUGCUCGGUAGUGAAGCUGUGGCGGUGACAUACGCAAACAGAUUGUUUGGCGUGAUGGCGUGGACGAUACCAGUUUUCGUAGCUCUAUCUACAUUUGGCGCAGUUAACGGCAUUUUACUCACGUCCUCGCGACUUUUCUAUGCGGGUGCCUGCGAGGGUCAAAUGCCGGAGAUACUGACGAUGAUCCAUCCGCCCCCCCCCCCCGCCGUAAUUUGCAUGGCUCUACUAUCUAUGGUGUACCUGUGCUCUUCCAACAUUUUCCGUCUCAUCAAUUAUGUCGGCUUCGCCACCUGGCUCAGCAUAGGCGUUUCCGUGUUGUGCCUUCCGUGGCUCAGGUGGAGCCAGCCGAACUUGUUGAGACCGAUCAAAGUGAAUCUCAUUUUUCCGAUCUUCUACAUCCUAGCCACUCUCUUUGUUACGAUUGUUCCGAUGUACGCGAGUCCCGUUGAAACUGGAUAUGGUUGUCUGAUGAUAUUUUCCUCCAUACCUGUCUACCUUGUAUUUAUCUCGUGGAAAAAAAAACCGAAAUUCUUCCAAAAAGGAGUCGGCGCCGUCACCCAAAGUUUGCAGAAGAUGAUGGUAGUCGUGGGGCCACAAAAGGCAAAGGUUCAGAACACACAGUAACAUAAUUUUACUCUUGUCAUGUCACGCAUGUUUAGCACUCAUAUAUUUUCUUUGCUUCCUAUUUUUCGUCUUAUCUGAUUGGAAUAUUUGCUAGAAUUAGCUCAUCUUUCAAAAUUGCUCUCGAUUCAUGUAUGCAUGCUUCUAAUUGUUAUCACAAUUUUUCUUCGCUCUAUUGUACAUUUACAU